UCAAUGCCACUAAAAAUGACGUCAAAAGUCCUCUACAGAGCGGAAAAUACAGCCAUUUCAUUUGUUCUACUCAGCCGUGGAACGGGCAUCAAUGUCAUAUGUAAAGACGACGGUGCACCUGUACAAGGGACCCACCUAUGGGGAAAGACGGACACAAUAGCUAUGCUACUAAAUCGUGGGACUAACAUCAAUGCCAACUCUAUAAACACUAAGAUAUCUAUGUUGUGGGAAGACGUCGCAGCUCGGUUACAAGACUGUGAUUCUUCCGUUGAUGGCAAAUUCGUAGACGGCAAAACACCUCUAUAUCGGGCUUGUGAGAAACGAAAUAUAGAAGCUAUAGGUGCGUUGAUAGACCGUGGAGCCGACGUCAAUGCGAAAUCAAAAAACGGCAAAACACCCUUGCUCUUGGCUUGUGAGGAGGGAGAGACGAUCAUUGCAGCUAUGUUACUAGACCGUGGAGCUGACGUGAAUACCAGAUCGAGAGAUGAUUCAACACCUCUGCACUGGGCAUGUCAACGGGGAAAGACAGACAUUGCAAUUAUGUUACUAGACCGUGGAGCUGAUGUCAAUGCCAAAUCGACAGACGACUCAACGCCUCUGCACUGGGCCUGUAAAAUGGGAUGGACAGACACAGCAGCCAUGUUGCUAGACCGUGGAGCAUGCGUGAAUGCAAAGUCCAUAGACGCAACACCUCUGCACUGGGCCUGUCAGGAGGGAAAUACAGAGACUGCAGCUUUGUUACUAGACUAUAAAGCUGACAUCAAUGCCAGGUCGAUGGACAAUAAAACACCUUUGCACUGGGCCUGCUUAUGGGGAAAUACAGACACCGCAGCCUUGCUCCUAGACCGUGGAGCCGACGCCAACGCUUUUACCAUCGAUGGAGACACACCUGAAGAUAUAGCCGACAGGGAGGGUCACUCAGAAACAGUUCAUCUGUUGCGAAUGCGAAGCGGGUGGUUUGAUAACUUAGUAGGUUAAACGCCAGUUACAAAGAGAACAAGGUAAGUUUAAACUCUUGACUUUUUCUCGGAGUCUUAUCGACAAAGUUCAGAGACUUGAGAUUUCGGAGGUCUUGUGCUCAAGUCGAGGAAGCAUGUUUCUGCUACUUUGCCAUAGACUGAAGACAUUGCGCUGGGUGUUCCUGCACACUCCUGUCGAGUACAAACAAAAUAAACAAACAAAUUUCCUGAACUAACAUCUACAUAUAUGUCAAUCCGUGGUUCUUAUAGUAUCCUAAACAAUUCGACUAUGUCCGACGUCGUGUUAUUUAUUAUUAUUCACUAAUUUUAGUUGAAUUCAAAUGAUUCCUAACCACAUAUAACUUUGAUUUUUAUCGACUGUGAAAACUGCCCUUCAUCGUUGGUCACUUUCGAGACAAAAGAAAAUGUAUGUCGCAAAAAUAUAUCAUGCUUACGUGUCCUUGGCACAGUUUGACCUCGGGUGCAAAACAUCGCAAGAAAUGUUUGCCUCGUAAUGAGCAAAACACUCUUCAUAAACACAUAGUGGCCAUUGGUGCUGAGGGCUUUUCUUUCGGAAGGGGUGUCUUCACAUUUUGAUAGCUGCUGAGAUGGGUUUCGAGGUGUGUGCAAGUUGUUGAUGUGUUGCACACACCAUAUUAUGGAUAGUCCAGCUUGCAUGUUUGUUCGACAAUGACACCUUAUCCUUUUGAUUUUACAUUUUUUGUGCUAUUUUUUAAAAUUAUUUUGUUUUAGUUUUCCUCAUUAUUGAGUGUGCUUUUAGUUUGUUCAGUAUUUUGGAAAUAAAUAUUUAUAAAUGUA